CUACUACCACUGCUACUCCUAAACACACUACUACUACCACUACUACUCCUAAACCCACUACUACUCCUACUACCACUACUACUCCUACUACCACUACCAUGAGAAAAACUACAACAACCACGACCACAACAACAACAACUACUACUGCUCCUCCAUCAACUACUAGAACAACCACAACUAAAAAGCCCACCAAGAGCCAUUCUAAAACAAGUCACCACACAGAAACAGAAGGUGAAUUGGACUUUUCCGAAAAGCAACCUGAACCUUUACGUCCUCCACCUAGAAAACAGGCCCCAAGAGGGAAAGCAUUACUUGUGAACCGUGGUAGAGGUAGAGGAGGUCCAAACCCAGAUUCAGACUCGGUCAUAAAUCUGUCUGUUACAGAAGCUCCUCAAUCCGUCACACAACCAAUGCAUCUAGAAGACAAGCAUGUGGGGAGGGAGAGAGAGAGAGUGAACCAGAAGAACAAUCCUAUUUGGACAAACAGACGAAGACCCCCUUACAGACGGGGCAGACCCCCACAGAGACGGGUUCGACCUCAGAAACCCUCCCUCCCCUCAUCACACAAACCACAGACGACACUCCCUCAACCCGCAACAAGAGUGGAAAAACAAGAAUCUACUGCAUCGCAAAAAGACAAUUCUAAAAUGGAGGACAAUAUUACAGAACACAUACCCACUAUUUCAACACAUGAUGACAAUGAGCCUGUUGAUCCGAUCAUUAAUCCCAACACUGCUACAGACAAAUCAGAUAGCAUUCACAUAAAAUCAUUAACACCAGAGAUGAAAGACCUUAGUAUAGUUAACCUUUCAAACAGAGAGCAUGUGCCUACACCAGAGACAAUCACCUCAGCAGAAAAUCUACCUCCCCCAACUGAGGUGCCUGGACAGGAGAGGACAUGGGAGAACUUAAAAAAACAGGAUGUUAUUAGACAGACUACCCAAAACAGGCAAACAUCCCCAAAGAUAACAACAACAGCAACAAAGCACACUGAUAUUAAUUAUAACAUUCAUUUAAAUCCUCAUUUGUCACAUGAUACGGUUGCUAUGGCAACACCCGUACUGACUAAACUUGACGUUUCAGAUAAAGGAGCUGCCAAGCCAGAAACCCCUUUAACAAAAGUACAUUUUCUAAAUCCAACUCCUAAAAAAUCACAAGAUAAGACACAAACACAUUUGAGAACCGUUGCAAAAGGCAGUGUUGCUCGGGAGGAUUUUCUGAGGAACACACACAGAAACUCGUAUAAAGAGGAGGAGGAUCACUCUCAAAUGAAACCUGACAGUCCCAGUCUCCCCAUCCACCCCUGGAUCUACCAACAGAAUGUCCAAAUGAGAGUUCAAACCACCCCUCCACCCCGCGCUCCCACCCCCUAUUGGCCUUAUAGCCGCUUACAAGUGUGGCCCUCAGUUCAUGGUUCAGGGCCACAUCCUUUCUUUACGGAGAGGCCCAUGCUUUUCCCCCACCCAGGGGGCCGGGGCGUUGGGGUCACCAAUCGACCAGAAAUCACAGCUGAGACUGUCAGGCCCACAGCGUUCAUCUCUGCUUCACCGGGCAGUGGCAUGGCAGCCCCGCUGACCUCCCACCCACCCCACAGGAUCCCAGGCCCAGCCAGCAGGACCAGACAGCAGGACCUCUUAAUGCUCUCCAAGCUCAGAAACAGAUACAGACAGGCUCAGCUGGACCGUAUUUCACAGCUAGGGAAGAGAGUGACAACUAAGCCCAAGAUCAGUCACCCUACACCUAGACCUCACUACCAGCCUCCCACUCCGUCAUACAACUACUGGCCUGUGCCCCCCACCACCUCCCUCCCCGUGCCCACCAACAGGCCCUACUCCACAGCCAGUGUCCUGUACGGCAGCCGCUGGCACUACAGCCACUGGGGCCAGAGGAGACUGAGCACGGCCCUGCCAUUCCCCAACUUGAUGGGUAGUGGGGUGAAGCCUAGGAUCAGUUCUGUGAACACAGUCAGUGUGUCUGCCCUGGCUGAGGGUGAUGUGCUGCUGCCCUGUGAAGCAUCAGGAGACCCACAGCCAGCGCUCUCCUGGACUAAAGUCUCCACAGGUGCUACCGUCCAAGCAAACACAAAACACGGACAGAGAUUUGAAGUUGUAAAGAACGGCACCUUUGUGAUUAAAAACAUUCAGCUACAGGACAGAGGCCAGUACCUCUGCACGGCACAGAACACAUUUGGCUCGGACCGAAUGGUCAUUACCCUGGCUGUGCUGACCCAGCCUCCCAAAAUCAUAGGUCCCCACUCCAGAGAGGUCCCAGUGUAUUUGGGGAAGGCUAUAAGCUUAGACUGUGUAGCCUCUGGCAAGCCCCAGGCUCAGAUCUCCUGGAUUCUUCCAGACAGGACCUUUGUGCGUGAUGUGGGAGCUCUUGACAGGUCAGCCUCUCUGCUGGCUAACGGCACCCUGAGGAUCCAAUCAGCUAACUUCUCCAGUAAAGGCGACUAUAGGUGUAUCGCUAGCAAUGCGGCCGGAGCUGACACAGUGACUUUUCACAUCCACGUGGCAGCGCUACCGCCCACCAUCAAUGAGGAGGCCUCGGAGAGCAUCGUCAUCCAGGAAGGGAGAAGUGUGUACGUCCACUGCACUGCCAAGGGAGAGCCUGCGCCCGUGCUAAAGUGGACCCUCCCUGCAGGGGUACAUGUCAAACCCUCCCAGAUCCUCGGCAGGAGACUGUUUGUCUUCCCCAAUGGGACGCUGUACAUCAAGAACAUCUCUCCAGAAGACUCGGGGAGGUAUGAGUGCUCUGUGACCAACGCAGUGGGCGCGGCCAGGAGAGUUCUGUACCUGAAGGCCAGGCAGGAGGUCCCCAGCCUGCGACUGUCACACCACCCCUCCCAACAGCACCGAGUCACAGCCAUGUAUGGCUCCACUGUGUACCUGCACUGUCCAGAGUCCACUGGCACUCCCCGUGGCACUCUGUGGCAGCUACCAUCCAAAACAUUGCUGGAACAUCGCUACAGCCCUGAGAGACCUGUCACCGUGUUCUCCAAUGGGACCUUACGGAUCCUGCAGCUGACUGAAAAAGACGGAGGUAGCUACCUGUGUAUGUUCCAGAGGCCCAACGGUGAGGACAUGGAGCUGUUCCAGGUGCAGGUGCUCAUGAUGCCACCUAAGAUCGAACAUCUGGCCACAGCUCAGAAGAGGGUGACCUCCGGGGAGAACUUCCAGGUGGACUGUGUUGCCUCAGGCCUUCCUGACCCAGAGGUGUCCUGGAGCCUCCCUGAUGGAACCAUGAUCAACAAUGCCCUACAGUCGGACGACAGCGGCACCCGUUCUCGCCGCUAUGUCAUCUUCGGGAAUGGAACACUGUUGCUGCAGCAGAUGGGAAAGAAGGAUGAGGGGGACUAUACAUGCCAUGCUAAGAAUGAACUGGGGGAGGAUGAGAUGAAGGUGAGCAUCAAAGUAGGCCCUGACUUCCCCCGAAUCACAUCCAAGGCUCAGCUGUUGCUCACGGCCCGACUCGGAGAGUCUGCCUAUAUGACGUGUCAGGCGACUGGGGAGCCUCCACCAACCAUUGUGUGGCUCUCCCCAAGCAAUGACGUCAUCACAUCCUCUUCAACCAAAUACCAAACCUUAGAUGAUGGGACUUUGGUGAUAAAGAAGGUGACUUUGGCCGACCAAGGGAAGUAUGCUUGUGUGGCAAGGAGUUCUGCUGGGGAUGACAUCAAGAACAUUAAGAUACAAGUAGAACCAAGAGAGCCACACAUCAAUGAACAAGGUGGAAGAAGCAGCAUGAAAGUGUUGGCAGUAUCUUAUCAGACAACACUGCUUGACUGCAGAGCGGAGGGCAAGCCUGAGCCACGCAUUUCCUGGGCCGCACCCUACGGCCUCUCUCUGCCAACACCUUACCUGGGAGGACGCUUCCAAGUCCACAAGAAUGGGAGUCUAGAGCUACGUGGAGUGAGGAAGACAGACGAGGGUCAGUAUGUGUGUUUGGCCAAAAAUCACUUGGGAGAAGCAAGCCUGGCAAUUGAGCUUGAAGUGGCAUCCAUAGCAGAGAAGCCAAGCUUCGCCAUGCCGAACAUUGAGAUUUUACCAAUAAAACAAGAUGGAAGUGAUGUCACUCUGGAGUGUCCUGCCCGCGGUAAGCCAAACCCAGAGUUUGUUUGGAUCCUGCCAAAUGGCACAGCGCUGAUGCCAGGCACUAGACAUCAACACUUCACUCACUAUAGAGGAAACGGGACGUUGCGCAUCGACCAGCCAGUGACAGCUGACAAAGGGGUUUACCGUUGUCUGGCGAAAAACGUGGCUGGGACUGCAGAGAAGCGAUACGCUCUAGAACCAGGAAGAAAGCCUGUGAUUCGAGGCACAACAGGGAUCAUGAAGAUCACGUUUGGCCAAAUUCUGAACCUGCCGUGCUCUGUGGAUGGCUGGCCACAGGCCUCAAUCACAUGGACCCUACCAAACGGCCUGGUCCUGGACAAGCCCCAGGUUAUUGGGAGAAUUACAUUUUUAUCAAACGGCACACUUCAACUCAAAGAGGUCGCCACAUUUGACAGGGGAACCUACGUCUGCAAGGCCACCAACACAUUUGGGUCAUCUGCGUUGUCAUACCCAGUUGCAGUUAUGGUGUAUCCUCCAAGUAUCACAAACGCACCCCCUUCCAUCACUAGAGUCCACAGAGGUUCAUCAGUAACACUUAACUGCAUCGCUGCAGGCAUACCAAAGCCUGAGAUAACAUGGACUCUACCUGGAAGAACCACACUUGUUCCCAAAAACCGUUUCACGGCACAGGGAGGAAUUCACAUGACGGUUGAGGGCAGCUUGGUCAUACAAGACCCAGUGCUGAUGAACUCAGGGAUUUACAAAUGCAAUGCAAAAAAUGCUCUAGGAAGUGACUUCAAAGCAACAUAUCUUCAGGUGAUCUGAGCCACAACAGAAAUCCCUAAUCUAAUCUGACAAUUACACUUGAAUGUAAAACUUAAUCCUCUAGAAUACCAUAUGUACAGUGUAUUUAUGUAACCUUACCAUUAAUGUGCAUAUUAUAUGAGGUAAAAUAGUGUGAACUCUUAUAUCACUAACAAGGAAAGGAGAAAAAGGUCUGCUUUAAUUGUUGGCAGAAAUAUAAGCAUAUAAAAACAUAACAGAUGUGACUUAGGGAAUGCUCUCUUUUCUUUGAAUUUAUAAAUAUUCCUGUAUGUAAAUAUCUAAUUAUGCUGUGUUGACUGAACUCACAUUGUUGGUUUAUCUAUAUCACUUUUUUACUAAGAUACAGCUUGCAGGUGCCUAGUGUUACUUCUGACAAUAGAAAAAAUAAAAGUGAAUCACUUA